UCCGGGAGGAGGCGGCCCAGGCGGAGGAGGCGGUGGGAGGCGGCGGCCGCCGGGGACCCUCUGCGCGCGUCGGCUCUCCGCCCCCUCCCCAGCCUUUCUUUCGCCCUCUUCUCGCGCACUCGCGGCCGGCGCCUCGGCUUUGUGCGAGGAGAUGGUGUAGCGCCCUCGCCGCCCGAAGGAGGAACCGGCCGCUCGUCUCCCGUCUCGGAGCUGCGUCCCCGCCCCUGGAGGCGAGACCCCCUCGGCUCGGCGCCUGCCGCGUCUCCCGGCUGCUGGGGAAGCCUGGGCGCCGCCGGCACCAUGAGUGAACAGAGUAUCUGUCAGGCAAGAGCUGCUGUGAUGGUUUAUGAUGAUGCCAAUAAGAAGUGGGUGCCAGCUGGUGGCUCAGCUGGGUUCAGCAGAGUCCAUAUAUAUCACCAUACAGGCAACAACACGUUCAGAGUGGUGGGCAGGAAGAUUCAGGACCAUCAGGUCGUGAUAAAUUGUGCCAUUCCUAAAGGGUUGAAGUACAAUCAAGCUACACAGACCUUCCACCAGUGGCGAGAUGCUAGACAGGUGUAUGGCCUCAACUUUGGCAGCAAGGAGGAUGCCAAUGUCUUCGCAAGUGCCAUGAUGCAUGCCUUAGAAGUUUUAAAUUCACAGGAAACAGCCCAGAGCAAGGUUACUGCUACGCAGGACAGCACUAAUUUGCGAUGUAUUUUCUGUGGGCCAACAUUGCCUAGACAGAACUCACAACUACCCGCCCAAGUACAGAAUGGUCCUUCACAAGAGGAAUUGGAGAUUCAAAGAAGGCAACUGCAAGAGCAGCAACGACAAAAGGAGCUGGAGCGGGAAAGACUGGAGAGAGAAAGAAUGGAAAGGGAGAGGUUGGAGAGAGAGAGGCUAGAAAGGGAAAGGCUGGAGAGGGAACGACUAGAACAAGAGCAGCUGGAGAGAGAGAGACAAGAAAGGGAACGUCAAGAGCGCCUGGAGCGGGAGAGGCAAGAAAGGCAAGAACGGGAGAGACUUGAGAGACUAGAACGGGAAAGGCAAGAAAGAGAGCGACAAGAACAGUUAGAAAGGGAACAGUUGGAAUGGGAGAGAGAGCGAAGAAUAUCAAAUGCUGCUUCAUCUUCAGACAGCUCCCUGUAUAGUGCUCCACUUCCCGAGUAUGCCAGUUGCCAGCCUCCUUCAGCACCUCCUCCAUCAUACGCUAAAGUCAUCUCCGCUCCAGUGUCAGAUGCCACUCCUGAUUACGCUGUGGUGACCGCUUUGCCACCUACUUCCACACCCCCUACACCACCACUUCGACACUCAGCGACACGUUUUGCAACAUCUCUAGGUUCAGCCUUCCACCCUGUUCUUCCCCAUUAUGCUACAGUUCCUCGUCCUCUGAACAAAAACUCUCGACCUUCUUCUCCUGUGAACACACCCUCUUCUCAGUCUCCAGCUACGAAGCCCUGUGCCUGGUCUCCUUCCGGUUUUUCACCCCUCCCUCCAUCUCCUCCAGUAAUGAUUAGCAGCCCCCCGGGCAAGGCUACUGGCCCAAGGCCUGUCCUCCCUGUGUGUGUUUCUUCUCCUGUGCCCCAAAUGCCUGCAUCACCAACAGCACCCGAUGGGCUGCUUGACUCUGUAACAUACCCAGUGUCUCCACCGCCUACCUCAGGGCCAGCAGCUCCGCCACCGCCGCCGCCUCCACUGCCUUCCCUUGCAUCACUGUCACACUGUGGAUCUCAGGCUUCUCCUCCAGGCACCCCUCUUGCCUCAACUCCCUCAUCCAAGCCUAGUGUUCUCCCUUCUCCCUCUGCAGCUGCCCCUGCCUCUGUUGAGACUCCUCUAAACUCUGUGCUGGGAGACUCCUCUGCUUCUGAGCCAGGCUUGCAGGCAGCCUCUCAGCCGGCCGAGACUCCAGCCCAACAGGGCAUUGUCUUGGGACCACCUGCACCUCCACCCCCUCCUCCACUCCCACCAGGUCCUGCCCAAGUGUCAGCAGCACUCCCUCCUCCCCCAGGACCUCCUCCACCACCUCCACUUCCAUCCUCCGGUCCUCCACCCCCACCCCCUCCACCCCCUCUUCCUAACCAAGUACCCCCUCCUCCUCCACCACCUCCUGCCCCGCCCCUCCCUGCAUCUGGAUUUUUUGUGGGAUCUAUGUCAGAAGACAAUCGCCCUUUAACUGGACUUGCAGCUGCAAUUGCUGGAGCAAAACUAAGGAAAGUGUCACGGAUGGAGGAUGGCUCUUUCCCAAGCGGAGGGAAUACCAUUGGUGUGAAUUCGGCCUCAUCUAAAACAGAAACAGGUCGUGGAAAUGGACCCCUUCCUUUAGGGGGUAGUGGUUUAAUGGAAGAAAUGAGUGCCCUGCUGGCCAGGAGGAGAAGGAUUGCUGAAAAGGGAUCAACAAUAGAAACAGAACAAAAAGAGGACAAAAAUGAAGACUCAGAGCCUAUAACUUCUAAGGCCUCUACAAGUACACCUGAACCAACAAGAAAACCUUGGGAAAGAACAAAUACAAUGAAUGGCAGCAAGUCACCUGUUAUCUCCAGACGGGAUUCUCCAAGGAAAAAUCAGAUUGUUUUUGACAACAGGUCCUAUGAUUCAUUACACAGACCAAAAUCUGCACCCUCAUCACAGCCCAGUGCCAAUGGAGUCCAGGCAGAGGGGCUAGACUACGACAGAUUGAAGCAGGAUAUUUUAGAUGAAAUGAGAAAAGAAUUAACAAAACUCAAAGAAGAGCUCAUCGAUGCAAUCAGGCAGGAACUGAGCAAGUCAAAUACUGCAUAGAGAAACAAACUAAGGAGAGACAGGACUUUAAUCGGAAGAAAAGAAAUACCCCAAAACAACAACUGUUAACAACGAGCCCCUACAGUUCGUGAACUGUAAGAAGAACGUGGAGACAGACAGUUGGAAGGAGGGAAAAACCAACCGAUUUUGAAAGCCUUCAGACAUAUCACUCUGGCGAUAAGCUAUUUCCCUUCUAGUGUGCUGCUUUUUUCUGACCUUUACAGCAGAAGGAAAGACAGUCUUCAUGUAAGAGUUUCUGUAACAGUUAUGCAGAAAAUACUAUACCCGUCAGGCGAGAUCACAGUACAUUAAAAUAUUUUCAUGUCAAGAUAAAAUCGCACAUUUUACACAAUCCAUUGCUAAAAUAAAGAACAGAAAGGUUUAACAAGUUUUUUUUUUCCCCCAGAGAGCGCUGAUGAAGAAUUUAGCAAAUUACGCUAUUGUAAAUGUUUCUCUCAGGUUUGUCUUCCUAUCAUAUUUGAUAUUCCAGGAAUAACUGAGAUCAGCCCUGGAUAGGUUACAAUCAGAAAAUGUGGAACAAAUGAAAUUAUGUGUGUUUUCAAAGGGUGAUAUUUAUAAGAAAGUGUCCUGAAAAUGAUAUGUUCAGCUUGAGGAAUUUUAGAUGAUAGGAAGCCUCUCAAGUUAGCCUUCAUGCAAUUUUGUAGAUUAAAACAUAAAAUUCAUCCAGAACUUAAAGAUUUAGAUGCCUUCCUAAAUUGUUACAACGCUUUUACCAAAUCUAUGACUCCUACGUAACACAGACCAGUGGUCAAAUGUAAAACAGUAUAUUGUAGAUUUACUGUAGGGUUUCGGCCUUUUUUAGAUUGUGCAUGUGGACAUUUUUAUAAUGUAAUUACAAUCACCACAAAACUAGCUUUUUUAAUUGCAGACUGUAAUGCAUGUCACACUAAUAGGUAGUGAGCUUUUCAAAGCUGAGUCCCAGGGAAAACAUUUUGUAGAGUCUAGGGGAGCGGGAGGAAGGGAAGGAAUAACUUUUUAUUUAAAGUUAAUAUCUGCACUAUCUUUUUCUCAAUUACUUGCAUGAAUAAUAAUGAGAAGUCUUUUGUGACUCUAAUUGGUAAAUACGUUAACAAAACCGAGUACUUAAUCUUUUACAUCAUGUCUUCGGCCAUCUGUAGUCUAACUUCAGUAAUCUCAAUGACCUGAAACUUGAUUCCGAGCUUCACGAGAAGUAUACCUUGUGACUCAAAAGUUUGAUCACUGAAUCUGGCAGUUACCAUUACCCACAUGCCCCUGCAGUUACCCAGGUGUUCAGGUGCAUGCUCCUGACUGAAACUGCUUUUGAAUGUUGUGUUGAGAGAAGAGAAAUAACAAUGAUGGCAGCAGUUAAAGUCACAGAAAUCGUUAAGUUAAGGGAGUUCUGCAUAAUUUUUUUUAAAUAAAGUGAGACUUAGGGGGUAGGGAGAAGGAGUUAGAUACUCUCCUCACCACCGUGUGUGUGGAUGUGUGUGUGCGUGUGCAACAGAGUAUAUGUGGAUACCUGAUCUGCUCCCUUUUCUUUUCUUUGAAACUGGUAAGAUUAAAAUAGGGGAGAAAUACUAUAUGUUGCAAUUACAGCUUUUUGGAAAAUUUAGAAAAUCAGAAACUCUCCAGGCUCUCCAUCUUGAUUAAUGCUUGAGUUGCUAUAAGUGCCACGUUUGCUUUGGACUCUUUAUCAGAAGUUUUACUAAAGUUUUGAAGAAAUAAUCCAUUUUCAUUGGCUUUUUUUUUUCUAGAUUUCUUACAUCUUGGUUCGUUAGACAGUAGCUUUUGUUGAUAGCGGAGUUUUCUAAAUGCUGCUGUAUUGCAGCUGUUACCACUUCAAAGAGAUUUGAAUGAGGGAAUUCUUUUCCUUGUUAGAAUAGUUCCUGUUUCUGUAGAAACUUCAUUUUAAGAUGAAACUGUGAUGGAUGAGCUAUCAUAAUUCAAGUAUAAAGUUCUUUUUUCUAGCCACUGUUCAUUGUCAUGCAAUAGUAGUAAAGGAAUUAAAGAUGCAGCAAGCUUAUAAAAAUACUGUUUUCUAAAAGAAAUAGGAGGCAUUUUCAUCUUUAUUAUUGUAUUUCUGGUUAUACAGACACUGACGAGAUACGAACGGUUAUGUCCCCUAUGAAUCUGGUCGGAAGCCGCUUUUGUUGCUUAAGCGAGGUAGUCUGUAGUAGGGUAGAGUACUGGGUACAAGUGGUCCAAAGAAAGAUAAAGACUACAAUAAAAUGCUAGAUCUUAAAAGGAACUGGUUUACGCACUAAACGUUUUGUGCCUUGGUCUAAUGUUAACACGAUGUCCUGUGUACAGUGACAACAAAGAACCAGUGUUGAAUCACACUGUAUUUUCCACCGUUUUGCAUUAGUAUCCCAGAUCUCUCAAUGUGUUCUUUCUGAGAAGUUUGAUUGAGUUACUGUAUACAUUUGCUGUCAAACAUGACAGUUGUAUUAUUGUUAAGAGAUUUCAGUAAAUGAAUUGGAAACAGAAGCUUAAGUUAUUUCCCUGAUGAUCAAAACUCUGUCCCUGGACCCACAUUAUCCUGAUGGUUUCUGUGCGUUUGUACCUUGGAUGUCUUCAGCUGAGUGCAGCUUGGGGAUCCUUCCCAAUUACAGGAAGCACUGCUUUCCUCCACACUGUGAUCUGACCUGGGACAAACCUGUACUCUACACUCUGUCAGUGGCUAACGAGUCAGUUGCAAACAAACUGAAUGUACAAAUCUUAGUGCUGGUGCUGAAAUCUCUUCAGAAUAGUCAUCAUGAUUUAAAAGUUUGUUUAAAAAUUUGCAAGCAUCAAGUGUCAAUCAAAACUGAAAAUGAAACACUAAUGAAUGUUGAAUUCUCGUGCUUUAGGUGUACUUCCUUUAGGUGUACUUCCUUUUUAGUUUUUUUUUUCCAGUUCUCUGCGAUUUUUACCGUACUGUUUCAUUUAAGUUUCCUACACGCUAACUUCGUUUGUGCGAUUGAAAUAAAAUUGCAGUACAUA